GCGCGGUGGCGCCGCCCCGCCAGGCUCUGUGCGCGUGCGCGCGGCCCCGGCGCACCAAGAUGGCGGCGCCCAGCGCGGCGGAGGUGGGCGGCUUCGCGGCCUGGCUGGCGGGGCGGCUGGAGGCGCUGGGGCUGGACCGCGCCGUGUACAGCGCCUACAUCCAGGGGCUGCUCCGCGAGGAGGAGAGCGACGAGGAGAGGCUGGAGGCGCUGCGCGGCGUGCUGGCCGCCUGCCUGGAAGAAGAUCUCUUAAACGAUGUUUGCAGGGAAGUAGUCGAGAAGUGGUCUGAAACUCAGAUUGUUGACGCCAAAGAGAAAAAAGAAGAUGAGAUCCAAGCGAUUGCCAGCAUGAUGGAGAAGCAGGCCAAGAUCGUAGUGAAGCCAAAGGAGGUCUCCCAGGAAGAGAAGCAAAGGAAAGCUGCCCUCCUGGCCCAGUAUGCGAACGUGACAGAUGAGGAGGACGGUGAGGAUGAACAGGAUGGAUCCGCUGCAACAGCAGUAAAUAUUGGAUCGGAAAAAUCUUUGUUCCGAAACACGAACGUGGAGGAUGUCUUGAAUGCCAGGAAGCUGGAGCGGGAGCUGCUGCGAGAUGAGUUCCAGAAGAAAAAAGAGCAAGACAAACUCCAGCGAGAGAAAGAUAAACUAGCCAAGCAAGAGCGGAAGGAAAAGGAGAAGAAAAGGACACAAAAAGGAGAACGGAAGCGAUAGCUGUGGUUUUUUUGGUUGGACUCUGAAAGGAUGAAAUUAAUUAUGAAUAUGGUGUGUGUUUAAAAAGCAACAGAAAUUCUGGGCACGUGGCUGGUGAGUGGUUCUUUGGGAGCGUUUCCUCUUACAUUUACAUAGCAAGAAAGAAAUUUCAAACACCUCUUAAACUCCAGAUUGCCAUGUGCUUGUGGUGUCAAAUGUCCCAGUCAGUUCUUGUGGCCAAUGUCUGUACCAAAGAGUGGUGAAGUGAUGAUGUCUGUGUUUCAAAUUGAUCAAUUUUACUUCUAACCACUUCAAGCAAAGCAAAACAAGAUGUAGGAAAGGGCUUCCAAGCUGGCUGCGUCCUCAUGCUGGCCUAGGAUUUGCAGCAACGGCAUGUUACGAUUUGAGAAUAGAGCAAAGCCCCUUUCUGACCUGUAAUUAAGGAUAUGCUGCUACAGAGUGGAUGUGAAUUUACACUAGCCUUGAAAAAUGUAUUUACAAAUACAUUUAUAUAUGCUGCCAAGAACAAUGCUAUGUUUUUAUUCUGACUGAAUUGAAAGAGCAGGGUUUGGCUCUGACCUCAGCAACAGUAAAUGCUGUUCCACAGCGACGGAAGGGAAAUCUUAUGAAAUAUAUAUGAGUUCCAGCUCUGCGACUGCUUCACCCACAGGCUCUUGGUAAGGGGAAUGCCACAGUGAUUUGAAUGUCAGAGCAGCAGCAAACUGGUCAAGUCCUAAUGCUGUCUUACGGCUUGAUGCUGGUAGCUAGAAAAUGGUGCUCCCUGAUGUGGAAGAACAUCGACUGUUAUUCCUACGGUAGUUGCAAGGGCAAAUGCUUUAACGCUGGCUCAGUGCUGAGCAGCUGUGGCUGUAACCGAUUUGGACGCACUGGGUUUACCAGCAGGUCACCUCUCACCCGGCACAGCUGCAAGGAGGAGCUGUCCUAGCUGGGGAAAAGCAACAGGGUGUGAAUACUUCUCUUGCCCACGGAAGGACUAGUUUCUUGUGGUUUUCAGCCUCCUUCAUGAAAGUCUCACCUGCCUCUGGGAAGGAGAACACUAACUUCUGUGGACUGCACCUAAAGGAAGACCUGCAGCUCUUCAGGGGGGGCGGCAGGAACCGGUGUGCCCCAUCCACGUGCUGCUUUUUGUUAAAGCCCCUGCUUAGCUGUCAUCUAGGAUCAGGAGCACCUACAGCCUUACGGUCACACUUGCAAGCGUGUUCACUUGCAAGACUCCUUUUUGACGACGGGCAGCUCCUGACCAGCCGUUGAUGGUAACUGUCCUUAUCACCUGCUUUCAGCACCAGUCUGAUUAAGGGUUAAUGCAUCCUGUUUAAGUAACUGCUGCAAGUGUGAGUAACUGCUUUAUCUUUGGACUUGAAUAAUAAACCUGGUUGGCAAAGAA